CCCUUCCUCCUCUUCUCCCAUCGCCGUCGUCGCUUCAAUCGUCUCACUCGUCGAGCAGCUCGGACAUCCCAAGAACGCGCUGUCAGGACCCCGCUUCCGUUCAUCACUCCGACUCCACUCUCCUUCUCCUCGGCCAACUUCACCACCAUGUUCCUCACUCGCUCAGAAUAUGACCGCGGCGUCAACACCUUCUCUCCAGAGGGCCGUCUCUUCCAGGUCGAGUACGCCAUGGAAGCUAUCAAGCUCGGUUCAACGACCGUCGGCAUCACAACGCCGCACGGGACGGUCUUGGGCGUCGAGAAGCGCGUGCAGUCGCCGUUGUUGGAGAGCUCGUCCAUUGAGAAGAUUAUGGAGAUCGACCGGCACAUUGGCUGCGCCAUGUCUGGACUCACCGCUGACGCGCGCACCAUGGUUGACCACGCCCGCGUGACCAGCCAGAUGCACGCGUUCACAUACGACGAGCAAAUCGGCGUUGAGAGCUGUACGCAGGCUGUGUGCGACCUGGCGCUGCGCUUUGGCGAGUCGGUUGAGGAUGACGACGCGCUGAUGUCUCGGCCAUUUGGCGUGGCACUGCUCAUUGCUGGUGUCGACGAGAAGGGCCCACAACUGUACCACACCGACCCUUCCGGGACAUUUGUGCGCUACGAGGCCAAGGCGAUCGGUUCGGGAUCGGAUGCUGCCCAGCAGAGCCUCCAGGACGCGUACCACAAGCAAAUGACGCUUGCAGAGGCGCACGUUUUGGCUCUCAAGGUGCUCAAGCAGGUCAUGGAGGAGAAGCUCGACGAGAGCAACGUCCAGCUCGCGCAGGUGACCCUCGACAAGGGGUAUGAAAUUCUCAGUGAGGCGCAGCUCAAGGAGGCUAUCGAGAACCUCCCUGCCGAGCGCCAGCAGGCAUAGUGUUCGUCGUGCAGAGGUAUACAUGGGGUGUAGAAUGCGACUAGAAGAUGCAUAGUGUAGAAUGUG